CCCCUACAGGUGCCUCUCCAACCCAUCCCAUCCAAGGCACCCAUCCCGUCCCUCCCAAAGCCAUAGGAUAGGACCCUCCACCCAAGGAGAGGAGCCUCCACCACCGGUGUGCCAGCCCCCUCCCCCAGCCAGUCACGUGACCACUCAUUCAGCCAGCAGCGGCCGCCGCUCAGCUGCUCCAGUUAGUUAUAAACAAACAUGGCUGAGGCGAGUGUGUGCGAGGGCUAGCAGCAGCGAAAACAUUAAUUGUUAUAAAUUCUGAGGCAGCUAACUGGAGUGCUAUUAGGUCAGGUGUGUGAGGGUGAGCUAGAGCAUUGUGCAGUGCUCUUCUACACACUGAAAAGGUCUCCAAAUCGUGCAAGUUCAGAGUGUUGUGUCCUGAUUUCUCCAGCUUUCCAAGAUUUCCGAACGACUAAAAUUAUACGAGCAUUUGGUUUUAACUAGGAAGCUCACAAGUGCUCCGACAUUCAAAAUAGGCUGGCAUAUACCUCCGUGUAACGCCCAGUGAGCUAGAAAUACCCGAGUGAGGAAAAGGAGGCUGCCAGGAAUAAAGGCGAGAAGGCUGGCCUGGACCGUGAUUGGUGCGGGUUAUUUUGAGUGAAGCACCAGCCUACGGUAAGCUGGUGCUGGUGGCCACUGUCUCCGACAACCCUCCAUAACCACCAGUAUAUACACUGAGGUCCUAUAUUAUAGUCGAGAACAGUUGAGAGGUAAGAAUAUGCUUGGGUGUACUCGGCGCCCCCAGUUAUAGGGGGGACAUUAACUUGACUCACCAGUGAAACGUUAGUCUGGUUACGUAUCGUCCCGGCUCAAGCUGAAGAUCUCCAGCGCUUGUCCACCACUCCAGAAGCUUGACCAAUAUUAUAGCUAAACUAGGCUUGACAAGUUCCUACGACAGGAAAAAUGAAUUAUUGUUGUGGUGGCGAUUGUUGUAUCAAUAACAAUUUACAUGAAAAUCUUAAUUUUCAUUUGAAACUAAUUUGAAGGGUAAUUAUUCUCUCGACCUGGAAGUGGUUAUCUGGUAAAGUUGAGUUGUUACUUGGUGAGCUGAGCGUCACAUACGGGCAGGAGGUUGCUAGGCACAUUGUUAACCAACACGUGAGAAAGCCUGUCAAGUGUUUAGUGUUGUUAAGGAGCGAGUGUAGUGUGGAGAUAAACACAGGAGGGUGGGAGCUACAGGUGUGUGUGGUGGGCCGUCACUGACCACCCUGGCCUGUGCUGGUCGAGGCUGCUGCUAUGGUGUUGCGGCUCCAAGUGCUUCGCUCAUGACUUCUCACGGCCAACAUGAAUAUUAUCUGGGCUCGAGUUCGCCUGUGAACAAUGAGGAAGGGCAGUCCUGGACGGGGGCCGGCGCGCCCCGUGUCUUGGUGCAUCGGGGGGACCAGUGGAGGCCCCCUGGCACGCCAUGACUCCAGGUCAUCAGAGGACGCCAGAGCUGACCUGGCUGGCCGGGGCCUGGCCAGGUCAACCUCUUACCAAGCACUACACUCGGCCCUGGCACGACUCUAUCGCAUCGACGAUUUCAACAUGGAACGAAUCGGUUCUGGGUUUUUCUCCGAAGUUUUUAAGGUCAGACACCGUGUGACUGGGGAUGUGAUGGUGCUGAAGAUGAACAAGCUCAUCAGUAACCGACACAAUAUGCUACGAGAAGUAGAGUUGAUGAAUCGUCUUCAUCACCCCAACAUUCUCAGCUACUAUGGUGUCUGUGUAAAUGAGGGCCAGGUUCAUGCACUGACAGAGUAUAUAAAUGGGGGUUCUCUUGAUUCUCUGAUUGGAAAUCAUGCUGUGCUUUUACCUUGGGCAACAAGAGUGUCUCUGGCACUGGAUGUGGCUCGGGGGAUGGCCUAUCUUCACUCCCAAGGAGUAUUUCAUAGAGAUCUCACUUCCAAGAAUGUGCUCAUUAAGCACACACAGGAGAGUGGUGAGCCCAAGUUGACAGCUGUGAUUGCAGAUUUUGGCCUAGCAGCUCCUAUCCCGCAUGAGAGAUGUAUGCGUUUGCGUCAAGUGGGAUCUCCAUACUGGAUGGCUCCUGAAGUUAUUCGUGGUGAUUGGUAUGAUCAUCGUGUUGACGUGUUCAGCUUUGGUAUCAUCGUGUGUGAAAUGAUUGCCAGAUGUGAAGCUGACCCAGAUAUACUGCCAAGAACUCAUAAUUUUGGAGUACAUUAUCGAGACUUCUACCAAAUGUGCCAACAAGACUGUCCUGCAUUAUUUUUGCAAAUGGCUUUUCAGUGCUGCCAGAUUGAACCUGCAUCCCGUCCAACUUUUGAAGAACUGACUCAAAAACUUGAACCAUUACUUGGUCAGCUCAUCACUCUGACAGCAAGACACUUACCAAGGAAACUCAAAGUUUGUCAUCGUAGAUCAUUGUCAGAUGAUACCUUUAAACUACUGCGCAACCAAAUGGGUGAAACUGUGUUUGUGCCAAGUGUUCCAGUAGCAGCUCCUCCAGUCACCACAUUGACAGGCUCACCUGCAGUCACACCUCAAGAAAUUGUUGAAAAAAUGAGUGCAGCUGAUCCUUACUUCCAGCCAUCUACAGGCACAGUCAAUCCUUUUACGCAGCUAAAAUUGCCUGCCCGGUCACAGUUGGCUUUGCAGGAAGGUGGCCGCUAUUGUCUUUCUUUACCAGAUUAUCCUGAUCUUCUAGUACACUCGCCGAGCUUAGAAUCCAAUAAGCAUAUUCACACUUCGGAUUCCUGCUUGUGCCCUCAUGCAUCUCCUGCUCAUUGUCAGUGCCAUGUAAACCAUAGACAAUUCUCAUCUCAAGUUGACAAUAAUAGAAAACAUUGCCAGUGUGUUCACAGUGCAAAAAAAUCUAAAGUUAUUGAAAGAGAAGUGACAGACUGCAAGUGUAAGUUGACUACAGUAUCUAGUGUGGAAGUUGGCUCAUCAGUGUGGCAACAAGACUUGUGUAGACCAUCGGGGCAAGCAGAUGAUGAUGGAUCAACCCCACGCUCAGAUCCAGGAAGUGGGGGUGAAAGUGGAAACUCAGUAUUACAAAAUAACCACCUUGGAGGACCAGUUCGUCGCCGAGGCUCGGGAGAGAGCGGUUUUUUUAGUGUUGGUGAUAUUGAAAGAGUAGGUACACCAGAACUUUGUUUAUCAUAUUCAGAAUUGAGUACUGCUUCUCUAAUGUCUACCGAAGAUGAUGAUCCUGUUCAUCAUUGCCUUGUGCAAAGAUCUUCUUCUGUUGUAACCGAUAGCUCAGAAGACUUAUCUAGUCUCGGUUGCUGUCAUGACCCUCAAAACUCUUGUGAUCUUUCUUCUUUGUGUGAGAGCGAGGAUGUUAUGCCUGGUAGCCGUUUGUCAGAUUACGAGGUGGAUACUGAUAUUCGCCAAAUUGUGGAUUUCUUUGAGAGAAAUGUUGGGUCUGGUUUAGGUUCUGAAGCUCCUAGACGCACAUCUUCUCGAGUAAGGCAGGGGUGUUUGGUACCUCUACUGACCCACAAAUUUAGCGCUCUACAUGCUGGUCAUAGACUGAUUAGUGUAACAAGCCCUCCAUGUCCUGUUCAUCAUAAUAUUAGCACCUCAAAUGGUGGCAGUAAGUCAUAUAGCACCAAAGAAUGUGCAACACCAAAGUCCUGCCGACAGCCAUGCUCACGGGCUGAGCGGCGCGAUACAUUUCGGGUCAAAGACAGACCAAAAGUUUACAUAACUGAGGGUACCGUCCGUGCAAAGCGCGAUAUAUUUGAAGCUAAAUGAGCCAAGUAAAAUAUAUUUUCUUUGUCAUGUUUUUAAUGUACAUUGUUGAUAUUUUUCUUUCCUAGUCACAAGCGUAAGUGUUUUGUGAUAAUGAACUAACAAUUUUUCUUUUGUCUAGACAUGUGAAAUAAAAAUAAAACCCGAUAAA